AUGGCAUGGAACACUUCUUCCAUAAUCGUCGUGCCACUGGCCUUAUUGGCUAUCGUCGCAGCUUUUCCUCCCAUGGUUGUUCAAUUGCGCGCUAAGAACUUUGCAGCCUCGGUUCUCCUGAUCGGAAUCACUAUACUGAAUAUCCAGAACCUCGUCAACGCUGUGAUAUGGGCGUCUGACAACCCCGACGACUGGUGGGAUGGGAAAAUACUGUGUGAUAUUGAAGUUAAACUCUACAUUGGUAUUUUCCAGGCCAUUGAAGGAGCCAUUGCGAGCCUUUUUCGACAAAUUUCGACAAUCCUUGACGCAGACCGCAUAACUGUCACCCCCUGCCCACGACAGCGCAGAGUCAGCCGCAUGAUAGAGCUCCUCUUUUGCAUACUUUUGCCUGCGCUUGUCAUGGUCGGCCAUUACAUUGUCCAGAAAGGAAGAUAUUGGCUCAGAACAGUGGCUGGAUGUGUAGCGCUCUUCGACAACAACUGGGUAGCGCCUUUCGUGACUUAUGGAUGGCCAAUGGUCGUCUGUCUCAUUGGAAGCGUCUAUUGUCUGGUCUCAGUCGUCCGCCUCUGGCGGCACCGGAAGCAAGUGUCGUCUCUGCUUUCGCACACUCCCGGCUCCACAGCGUCCCGAUUCUUCCGAUUGUUCGCACUUGCAUUCGUCCUUCUGGCAAUAUAUUGCCCUCUGGCCAUAUUUGCUUUCGUCCAGAAUGUCCAGGUGCCAAUGCACAUGUUCUCUUGGUCAUACAUUCAUCCUUCCGACUGGUCCGAAAGAAUCAUCGUGGUUCCAGACUCCGCCUUGAAACCAGCCUCUCAAGGCUUCUCCUUCGACCGGUGGGCGCAAAUCUUUACGGCCUAUGUCUCAUUCGCAUGCUUCGGGCUUGGUGAGGAUGCAACUCGGAUGUACAAGAGCUGGGCUGAAAAAGCGAGCUGCUUCCUAGGCGGACACUUCAAAGAGAGGGCCAAGUUAUCACAGCAGUUGCCUCGCACAACUCGCAAUCGUCCACAGGCUGGAAAUGAGGCAGUUUUUGCAUGCGUUAUGGACGACUUUCCUCCAGAGGACAAUCACGACCCGGCUCCGCAACAUCAACCUCGGGAGCAAACAGCUGCUUCAGAGCUCGUUGCUCAAGACUCUUGA